AUGGGCAUGGCGGAGGGGAUGCGGCGCCGGUGCAUCACACUGCUCGUGCUCGUCGGCGUCGCUGCUCGGGCGGCUUCGGCCGUCACGGACGGCCUACUACCGAACGGCAACUUCAAGGACGGGCCAGCCAAGUCCCAGCUGAACGGCACGGUGGUGAUGGGGCGCCACUCCAUACCCAACUGGGAGAUCUCGGGGUUCGUCGAGUACAUCCAGUCGGGGCACACGCAGGACGACAUGAUCGUGGCGGUGCCGGAGGGCGCCAGCGCCGUGCGCCUGGGCAACGACGCGUCCAUCCGGCAGAACAUCAGAGUCACGCGGCGCGCCUACUACUCCAUCACCUUCAGCGCGGCGCGCACCUGCGCCCAAGCCGAGAAGCUCAACGUGUCCGUCGCCGCGGAUUCCGGCGUGCUCCCCGUCCAGACCGUGUACAGCAGCGGCGGCUGGGAUUCCUACUCAUGGGCCUUCAGGGCCAAGCACAGCGCCGUGUGGCUCGCCAUCCACAACCCCGGCGUCGAGGAGGACCCGGCGUGCGGCCCCGUCAUCGACGCCAUCGCCAUCAAGACCCUCCAGCCUCCCACGAAAACCAAAGGCAAUAUGCUCAGGAAUGGCGACUUUGAGGAUGGGCCGUACAUCUUCCCGGACUGCCCGUGGGGGGUUCUGGUGCCGCCGAUGGACGAGGACAACUGCUCGCCGUUGCCGGGAUGGAUGGUCAUGUCGAGCACCAAGGUGGUCAAGUACGUGGACGCGCCGAGGUACAGGGUGCCGCACGGCGCGCGGGCCGUCGAGCUGGUGGCUGGAAGGGAGACGGCGCUGGUGCAGGAGGUGGCGACCGUGGCCGGGCGAUCGUACAGGCUGCAGUUCUACGUCGGGGACGCGGCCAACGGGUGCAAGGAGUCCAUGGUCGUGGAGGCCUAUGUGGCGGCGGCGAGCCUGAAGGUCCAAUACCAGUCCCAGGGCACGGGAGGGUACAGGCGCGCCAUGCUCGAUUUCGUGGCGAUCGGGAACCUCACGCGUGUGGUGUUCCAGAGCCUUCACCACCACAUGAAGGUCGACGGCACGCUCUGCGGGCCGGUCGUGGAUGACAUCUCUCUCGUCAGCGUGCGCAAGCGCGCGGCUCGCCGACUGUUCAUGUGA